AUGCAAGUGACAGAUUCUGAUCCAUCUGAUCAAGAUACAGAGGAAUUCAUUGAGAUCGAUCCUUCAGGAAGAUUUGGUAGAUACAGUGAUCUCCUAGGUGCAGGUGCAGUGAAGAAAGUCUACAGAGGAUUCGAUCAAAAAGAAGGUAAAGACGUAGCUUGGAACCAAGUGAAGCUAAGAAACUUCAGCGACCCAGUUGUCGUCAAGAGAUUAUUCUCAGAAGUAAAACUCCUCAAGACAUUAAACAACGAAAACCUCAUCGUUCUCUAUGGCUUCUGGAGGAACACAGAGCACAACACCUUGAAUUUCAUCACCGAAGCAUGCGCAUCAGGAAAUCUAAGAGAUUACAGAAAGAAACACAAACGAGUUUCCCUCAAAGCCUUAAAGAAAUGGUCAAAACAGAUUCUCAAAGGGUUAGAUUAUCUCCACACUCAUGACCCAUGUGUCAUUCACAGAGAUCUCAACUGUAGCAACAUCUUCAUCAAUGGCAACAUUGGAAAGGUUAAAAUUGGUGACUUGGGUUUAGCAGCAGUUGUAGGGAAGAGCCACGUGGCACAUUCUUUAUUAGGGACACCAGAGUACAUGGCACCAGAGCUAUAUGAGGAGGAUUACAAUGAGUUGGUGGAUAUUUACUCAUUUGGGAUGUGUUUACUUGAAAUGGCGACAAUGGAGAUUCCAUACACAGAGUGUGAUAGUAUUGCUAAAAUAUACAAGAAAGUUACAAGUGGAGUGAUGCCAGAAGCUUUUAACAAAGUAAAUGAUUCAGAAUUAAAGGGGUUUAUUGAAAGGUGUAUUGGUCAACCACGAGUCAGACCUUCAGCUUCUGAUCUUCUCAAAGAUCCGUUUCUUUUGGAGGUUGAAGAUGAGGAGACUGAUGGAAGUGCUUAAUGGAUAAAGAGGUUGUAUAAAACAUUAAAACAUGAUCUUUUUUCCUUUUUUUCUUUUUUCAUGUGUUUUGUGAACAAAAAAAGGUUCACAUGGUUGUGAUUUGUUGAUAUUUGGGUAGUUUUGAUUGAAUAGCUUUUCGAAGAUAAUGGCUUAUGUUAUAUCUCUUGUUUGGGCUAUUGUUUGAUUCUAAUUAACAAUUUUGAU